AUGGAAGCUCCGUUCUCCAUGGAGUCUGCCGAUCGCUCCAAUCGCGCCGGCCUCGAUGGCUCACAAAUGGUCGUCCAGCAGUAUGCACGGUAUCCGUCAACAUUGGAAUCAACCCUGCAGACUGCUUCGUCCAUAGGAAGUGCUCGAAGUCAGCCGGAUGCCGACCAGUCGCCUACUCUUCGGCGCAAGGGAACACCGCGGAGCUUGCAAUCGUCUCCCAGGGGUAUGCGCUCCGGUCUUCCACUAUCAUCGGCCGCUCGCUCAGGCACCUCGAUGUCUCCACCGAUGCUGGACUCCCUCCGCCAGCAGCAGACCAAAGAUUCUGCGGACCAGGUCGAAUCUCGAGAGUUGCCAAUUCGAGAUCUCACCGAUGACACAAUUGACGAUGCUUAUGUUGCCUUCAUUCUUUAUUGCAAUCCCAAUGUUCCAUCUUCGGUCGACGACACUGAAUUGCGACGAGCCUUUCGCUGCCCGCCACGGAGUGAUGGCAAAAGCUUCAGUGUUUUUACCCUCUUUGAACUCAUUCGAAAACUGGACAGCGGCGAACUGAAAACAUGGAUUCAACUGGCCACGGAGCUGGGAGUAGAACCACCUUCAAUAGAAAAGAAACAGAGUACUCAAAAGGUUCAACAAUACGCUGUUCGACUCAAGCGUUGGAUGCGUGCAAUGCAUGUCGAUGCCUUUUUUGAAUACUGCCUUGACCAUGCACAUGUGUACUAUACGCAACUCCCUCCAGUGGGGCCGUUCGUGAAUGAUUCACGGGAUGGUGUUCCGUUGGAAGAAGAUCUCGCUCUUCGGGCUCUGGUCCCGCAGUGGAAGCCAAAACGUGGCAGGAAAAGGACCGAAGAUAAAGAAGCCGAGGAUGAGAAGCUUGUCAAAAGACCUCAGUUGGAUACUUCUAUCGACGCCCUGCAUCCCAGCAGUUUCCAGACCCAUUCGAUACCUUUCCCACAAAGCGCCAUCCCGUUCAGUGCAUAUCCUAGUGAUACCGAUCCAUGGAUGACUGCAGCAUCUUCAUUUACUGCACCCGGUUCAGAUAACCCAUCGGAUCAACAGGCCCAAGACACCAGGUGGAGGCUUCCAGAUCGUGAGGCAUCGCCAUCUGGCUACCCUCACUCUGCGAUACUUCCCCGAGGAAGCCACCCAUCUGAGAUGCUUGGAUCUACUGAGCCUAGGUCCGCCAUGACACCUAUCUCCGGCGAUAAAUCGCGCUCCAAGAGACGGCAUGGACCGGCUGUCUCGUCUGCCUGGCCAAACAGUACUGGCUCAUCGACUACCAAGGGGCGUGGAAGACCGCCGAAUAAAUCAUCGUCUACCGGAUCUUUUUCGUCUUUCCAGGUGAAUCAAAAUCGCGAACCAUCACAUACCUCAAAUCCAAGUGCCCAGUCGUCUCCUCCCGUUUUCAGUCAGAAUCCCUCUCAAACCGUCCUCGAUACUGUGUACAACCAAUCUCCCACCCCAGCAGCCCAUGCACGGCCUGGGAAGCUUCAGCUACAGGUUCCUCAACAUUCAGGAGGACCAGUCCGUCUUGCAACGCCUCCCACGCUCCUUGUGAACGGAGUGAAUGGUGCUGUCAUUCCACAAGCGGGAGAAGACGAUAGGACAUUCUCAAGCCAGAUGACGGACAACCAUACGACAGAUAUUGGAACUGCGCGCACCAUUUCCGUCGAUGAUGUUAUUCGUGCACUUUCUGUGGAGCUGGCUCGCGCAAGGCUGUCUGGACGAGCCUCCGCCCUAAAGCUCGACGAAGCACAUGCUAUUGCCUCAGAAAUGGUGCUAAAUUUAUCCGCGUUGUAUUCACAGCUCCCACUGGGGCCGCAGCCAUUUGUCCUGGCUUUCCAUUUGGGAGUGGGACACCAUUUUGGCUUUACGAGUAACCAGCCAGGGUCCCUGACUGUGAAGGUAGACCCGGCAUCGGCGGAUGCGACUGGUGGAGGGAUCCCGGGUCUGCAUGAGCCAGCUGAUGGAAUCAUCUAUACUAUAUCCUACAACUACCAGCAGUCCUAUCAGUUCUCGGUUCAGGUAUUUCUUAGAAGCCCCAAUUCUGGAACAACAGUCGCAACUUUCGCUCCUCCAGUUAAGCCUGGGGAGUCAGUCCAUGACCCUGUCGAGAACGACCAUCCUGCCGAUUUUGAUCUUGAUGAAGACACAAGCAACCCAGUCUCUGAAGGAACCUGGAAACAGCGUUAUAUGCGCCUGCGAGCUCAGACGCAGAGAAAGGAACGUGCUAUAUCUCAGUACAAGCGCAGGAUUGUAGAAUCCGUUAUGGCCGACAUUUAA